AUGUCAAACCGUAUAUUAAAUCAUAUUCAAGAUAAAGAGAAUGAGAUUAAAUCUUCGGGAAUUAAAAGAAAAGCAUUAAUGAAUGAUGAAAAUGCUCGAGUUCUUUCGACAAAGGAUUCUAUCAAUAAACCACAACAAUCACAAUUACAAUCACAACAACAACAAAGGGGAUUUGCUAGUAGAAGAAUUCCACUCGGGGGAAAGAACCAUAAUUCAAAUUCUUUAACAUUGAACAGAUCACAAUCAUCAUUAAAUUCGAAAAUUCCAGUACAACCAUUUAAUAACACUAGACCACCAUCAUUAACUAAAUCCAAUUCAAGUUUGGGUUUUACUGCACCACUGCAACAACUUAAAGAACAACAGCAACAACAACCAACUAUUCAUCAAGAAGAACAGCCUCCAGCAAAGAAAAUAUUAUUAGAUUCCUUAAAGGAUGAAAUUGAAUUGGGUCAAAAUUCAAGCAUGCCAGGUUCUUUUUCUGAUUCAUUGAACAAAAAUAUUAGUCCUGAAUUAUCACCAAUUGGAAAUUUGGAGAGUACUAUCACAUCUAACACUGCCAAAUUACAUGUGUCCUAUGUUACAAAUGAUGAUGUUAAUCGAAAUCAUGUGGACCCUAUGAAACGUAAGUCUAGACUUCAGAAUAUAGAAAACUUGGUGGAAUCACAUUGGCAGGAUCCAAUUGAAACGAUACCAAAAAAGUCUGUCGAUAACAAAUAUGAUCUGGAUCCAUUGAGUGAGUCUGAGUUACAGUUUUUUUCUACACCAAAUGAUAGUUUUGAAUUAAAUGGAAAUGAUAAAGUGUUUGAACAAGCAGAAAAGUCAUUUGAAUUGGACUUUGGUGGUGAAGAAGAAGAAGAAGAUACUAAUACAGCUAAUAUUGCUAUCAUCCAUGAUGCUGAUGAAGAAAUUGGCUUGACUAAUGAGGAUUUAAAUAAUUUAUUAGGAUAA